AUGGACAUCACGGUGCGUGUCGAAGUCCAGUACCAUGCGCCGACGAACGCUAUUACGCGCGACGUGCUCGGGAUGUUUCGGUCUACGACGUGGGUGUGGUUUAUGAUGCGCUACGUGUCGCCGCGGCUCAAGAGCUCGUCACCGGCAGACCAGACUAUUCUAGAUGAGCUCGAGAGUCAGGAGGCUGCCGAGAUGCACAAGGGCAAGUGCGUCAUUUGCAUAAAGCCGUACACAUGCCCCGUAUGCCGAUUCCAGUUUCCCAAGGCCUUUACGGGCAAAUACGCCGUGUUAAGGCUCAAGUCAUCCAUGGUGCUUGCAGAGGAGCAGACCAAGAUGCCACGAGCGGAGCUGCUUGCCCUUGACAUUGGCAAGCAGGUUAUACGUGCUGUUGUGAGCGUCACACUUGUCAAAGUUGCGGUCGAGGGCGAUGACGAGGAGUUUCCGUGUGAGCUUAGCGCCUGGUUGCUAGACCCUUCGACAGGGGAGACCUUUUCGGAGCUUGACUGUGUAUUACGACCGCAUUAG